CGCUGCUCAGCUUCCACAUCCGCCGUCCUCGUCGUUGCCCACCACCCACUGUCCGCUUGAUUUAUAUCCUUGUCGCUUCUAAUCCUUCGCUAUGUCUGAAAUUCGCAGGAAGCUCGUCAUUGUGGGUGAUGGUGCUUGCGGAAAGACCUGUUUGCUGAUUGUCUUCUCGAAAGGGACGUUCCCGGAGGUCUACGUGCCGACGGUCUUCGAGAACUAUGUUGCCGACGUGGAGGUUGAUGGAAAGCAUGUCGAGUUGGCGCUAUGGGAUACGGCCGGUCAGGAGGACUACGACCGUCUGAGGCCGCUCAGCUAUCCCGACUCCCACGUCAUCCUCAUUUGCUUUGCGGUUGAUUCACCUGAUUCUCUGGACAACGUGCAGGAGAAGUGGAUUUCUGAAGUCAUGCACUUCUGCGCCGGCCUCCCUAUCAUUUUGGUUGGCUGCAAGAAGGACCUCAGGCGCGACCCACGAGUAAUUGAGGAGUUGCGGAAGACAAACCAACGGCCUGUCACCCCCGAGGAGGGUAUGGCGGUUCAGCAGAAGAUCGGUGCGAAGCACUACCUCGAAUGCUCAGCCAAGACGGGUGAGGGUGUGCGCGAGGUGUUCCAGUAUGCCACGCGUGCGGCACUUUUGAGCCGGCCCAAGGGUGGCAAGAAGCACCACUGCGUUGUUCUCUGAGCGGCGGGGCAGCAUAUAGCAUCUGCAUGCGUUUAGCUAGAUUUGGUCGUUCUGGAGUCUGGCGCGCGUGCUGCCCUUCGCCGUCAUCAUACCCCAUCCCCUCAUGACUAGUACUAUCUUUUUGCAAUGACUGUCAUACACCUCAUCUUUCGUCGUAUUACAUUGGUCUACGGCCUACCCGUUGUCUGUCGCAGAUUGGUGUCGUUCUGUUCUCUUGACUGCAACACGUUCUAAGAUACGCGUUU